UUGAGCCGAGAGGGGGAGAGAGAGACGGGGAGGAGUCGUCGAGGAGAAUUUUGGAGGUUUGGACGAAGACGGAGGAGGAGAUCCUCGCCGAGACGACCGCCGCUUCCAGCAUCCGUGGCGGAGGUUUCGCCCGAGCUCCCACCACCGCUGGCCCAGCGCCGACUCCGAGUUCAUCUCCUACCCGGCUUCAGUCGAUUGAUAGGCUAGUUAGGUAUGCUGAGUGGCCGCGCGGUGACGUUGCAUCAUAGAAGUGAUUCGGGCGAACGUUUGGUAGGAAAUGUGGUACCCGAUGAAGCAGAGAGCGGCGAGGAGGCCGAAGCUUCCUCCAAGGUGCUGUACCGAGCCUCGUUUCAGGAGCUGAUGCCCAACUAUCUGCAGUAUGACACGAUCAUAUGGGCCGUGAUAUCACUGCUGCUUGUUCUGGCAUGGGGGGUUGGCCUGCUCAUGCUUCUCUACCUGCCGUACAAAAGAUAUGUGCUGAAGAAGGAUAUCUUUUCCCGCAAACUCUAUGUUACUGAGAAUAAGAUAGUGUACAAGGCUAGUAGGCCUUCAUAUAUACCGUUCAUGGGCAUUGUCAAGAAAGAGAUAGAAGUACCUCUUCAAUUGGUAGUUGAUGUUAUAAUAGAGCAAGGUUGUCUGCAAUCUGUUUAUAGCUUAUAUACAUUUAAAGUAGAAAGCAUAGCCUCGGGGAAACCUGCUCCAUUGGAUGAACUACAAUUUCAUGGUGUUCACAAUCCAGAUCUUCUAAAGACGGUUAUAAUCAGAGAAGCUUCCAAGAGAAUCCAAGAACACCAAAGUUGGAAGUACAGAAUAUACUCUGGAGAAGGCCCUUCUGAUGUUACACCAAUCGAUAGACUUGACUCUCCUAAUGCGAAGGUGACAGCCUCCUCCAGGCAUAAUUUCCAGGAAUCCAAGGGCAGAAUUCCUAAAAGUGACAGUAUCUUGCUCCAUAAGCUUGAAGAAGUUUGUCAAUCAGUUAAGAAUCUUGAAUCUCUCCUCUUGGGAUCACAUUCAAGGGCAUGAUGAGCAGCUGAAAUGUAUGUUUUCUUUCAUCUUCCAUCAUACAAAUGUGUAUUGUAUGACCUUUGUUACUGUCUGUAGCAUUGCAUGCAAUGUACCAAUGCGGGUAAUUAGGAAACAAUUGUUGAUACUUAGGAAAAACUUGUCAGCGCUUGCAAGUUCUCUCAUUGGCAAUGUACAUAGGUCAUCCUGAUACCUCUAGUUUCGUAAAUCCUAGUACAGAAACAAACCUGUGAAUCCAAAAGUAGAUCAGUCACACGUGUAAGUUGAUACUUAAGCAUGUUUGCUAUCCGAAACAUUUUUUUUUCUUUGCCCACAUAUCUGGCUUGAUGUGAAAGUGUUUGUUAGGCUUCCCAUGGAUACUAGCAUAGAAGCAUGAAAUUUGAACAUGAAUUUUGGUAAAAGUUAA